AAUUUUUAUUCAUUUUUAAUUUUUUAACAUUUACAAUAAAUAACAAUUAUUACAUAUAUUAAUUAGAAAAUAUAUUUGAGCAAAGAAAGUUGAUCAAAUCAAACAUCAAAGAACAACCUCAAAUCAGCACAAGUGGCCACCAGAUGAAGGAUCAAGUUUGGAUAUUUAUUCCCCGCACGGAGUAAGCAAACACAUGCAGGAGGCAAAUAUGGAGAUCUUAUGAAAUGCAACUUCGUGAAGGAGACACUAACGGUUGGAGCUCUUAACGGAAGUUGAUAUUCGAGUGGAAGCGCCAGUCCUCCGGAGAUGUCGGAAAGUCGGUCUGACACGCUCUCAUUUGACAAUCAAGAAAUGGCGAGAGUUCUUGUAACAACAUUCAAAAAUGAAAAAGAGACUUCGAAAAACAUUUUCAGUGUUUCAACUGCCAGCAAUCUUGUUGAGGAGAUUCUUGCCAACCAUUCUGGAUUUUUGCUGGACAGGCUACAGAAAUUUAAUUCUGACUUCUUGGAGUACAUUGAUGUUGACAUUAAUGUUGAAAUUAAGGACUUGGACAGAUUCUACGUGUUUCUAUCAACUGGAGGGCCCCUGGUAGAAGUGUCUCGUGAGGAGCAAAUUCCAAACCAGCCCCAUGCUAAUUCAGGAGAAGACGGUCAGACCCAUACAGGAGAAGACAGUGAGCCUCUAAAAUCGCUCCCAAUGAAAAAAGCACCACAAAUCUUUGAGGAGUAUGAAAACACAGGCUUCCUGUCAGGGAAGUCAAGAAAAUGUAUAGUGAAAAUGUGCGUGGGAGACCUAGUUCAGAGGUGUGGUUAUUAUCCUCUUAGUGGAGACAAGUUAGCCUUAGCGAAGAGCAUCAUUACCAUCUUCCCAUCUCUGAGUAUCCAGGUGGCUGGAGAAGGGGAGGGAUUUGAGCAUUUCUAUGAUCCAGCAUCCCACAGUGGAUUCAUUGAGAUAAAAUUGCAUAACCUUCGCGAAAAGUAA